AAGAAAACAGAAAUGGAAAUGGAGGGAGUAAUUAUUUUUGUAAUCACUUUGGCCUUUACCCUGUUUCCAAAGUGUUGCUCUUUGCUUAGCUCUUUCGUUAUUUGGAAGAGAACUGCUCUCUAACACAACUUUAAAAGUGGUAGCAAUUUUAAUUACUCCAUAUCUAUUGAAGUAUAUCUAUGGGCUGCAUAAACAAAGGAUUGGAAGCUGUUAGUAUCAAAAUCAGAAAUUUUUUCAAAAAGAAAAAAGGGAUCGAAAACAGAGACAACAGCGUAGCAGAAAGAUGGGAGAUUUUGAAUGGAAAAAACAACUGGGAAGGCUUACUUGACCCUUUGGAUUACGAUCUCCGACGAUACCUUAUUCACUAUGGCCAAAUGCCUCAAGCCAUCUGCGAUUCAUUCAACAGUGAAAUAGCAUCGAAGAAUUUAGGGACAAAUCGAUACUCCAAAAAGAAUUUCUUCAAAAGAGUGGGACUCGACAAAAACAACCCAUUCAAAUAUGAAGUCACAAAAUACAUCUAUGGAGCUUCAGAUGUACCAAGUAAAACUGAAAAGAUCAAAUCAUCAAAUUGGAUAGGGUUUGUUGCUGUUGCCACUGAUGAGGGCAAAGUUGCAUUAGGAAGGAGGGAUAUUUUGAUUGCUUGGAGAGGAACCAUGUGUCCUGCAGAAUGGAAUGAUGAUUCUGACUGGGUUUUGGUUCCACCCACAAAAAUCUUUGGAGAAAAUACGCAUGACACUCUUGUACACAGAGGUUUUUAUUCAGUUUAUACUUCUCUUAACGACGCUUCUAAAUUCAAUCGAACAGCUAGUGCCAGAGACCAGGUUAUUGAAGAAGUUAAGCGAUUGGUGGAGCAAUACAAGAGAGACAAAGUUAGCAUUACUCUAAGCGGCCACAGUAUUGGUUCAUCAUUGUCCACACUAUGCGCAAUUGACAUAGUUGUCAACAAAAUCAAUAAGGAGUUUCCAGUGACUGCAUUUUUAUUUGCUAGCCCACGAACUGGAGAGGCCAAUUUCAAGAAAGCUCAUCAACAUUUGAAAAAUCUUCAAAUCUUGCGGAUUACCAAUGCUCUUGAUGAAGUUCCUGAAAAACCAGACCGCGGACAGGUAGAGGGCUCUGAUACAGAUUGGAGAGUGUAUGAACAUGUUGGGUAUGAAGUUAAAAUUGAUACUACAAAAUCAGAGUAUUUGAAGAAAGAUGUAAAUAAUCAUUCUUUGGAAGUUUAUCUGCACGGAAUUGCUGGAACACAUGGACCAGAAGGAGAGUUCAAGUUGGAAAUAACUCGGGAUAUUGCGUUGGUGAAUAAGGAAACGGACGCAUUGAAGAAUGAAUAUGGUGUACCAGUGUAUUGGCGGACCGUGCAAAAUAAAGGAAUGGUUCAACAAGAAGAUGGAUCUUGGAUUCUCAAUGAUCGUGAGGAUGAUACUGAUCUUUCAGAGUAAAAUUACUCCUUUUUUUAGGGACUAUGUGAUCUUGUUUUUUCAAAGGGCAUGUUAACAGGGGCGGAGCGUUCAUCGGCACGAAUUCAGUAGCUCUUUGUAGACCCUAUAUUUUGUAUUAGAAUCAAGUAUUAACUUGUGUACCUUUAAAUACACUGACUGACAGUUCAGUGAUAAAGAAGCCAAGGAAAAUGUAGAACUACUAAGCUCCUAAUACCGACUUUGUCUCUGCCUGAUAAUGCAUUAUACCAUCUUUAUGAUCGUA